AUGUUCACGCUUCAUAUUAUCUCACUCACGGUGUCAGUGCUUGGCCUCGUUAGCGGUCAGCUCUCGAUGGCAGACGAGGCACGGCUCGUCGCUGCGACGCCAGCAUGCGUAAAGACAUGCUACUCCCAGAGUACCUCGGUCAGCGGCUGCAAAGACACAGCUGACACGGCGCUCGUGCAAUGUUACUGCGAGUCUUUGCCAUUCAUAUCAGCCUUUACACAGUGCGCAAUGGCCAGUUGCAGUGCCGAUGAUUACAAGACGGGCGCAGCUUCGGCGUCACAAGCAUGUACGGCGGUUGGCAAGCCCAUCUCAAUUCCGGCUACGAUCAACGGCACUGCAACUGCAUAA